AUGGCUCGUACACAUUCGCGCCCGUCUUCUCCAGAACCUUCUGCCUCGCUGAUUAAGAGGAUUAAAAUCUCACAUCCGACAUUGCACGUCGCUACCGCUACAAACGAAACUUUGGCUGCUUUCGCUUCCGAGGUUCUCGAGUCAUCAAAUGUUGCUAAACUGCAUAAAUUCUACCUCGAAAGCCAACCAUUUCACUAUGCUCUGGUCGGCAAACUCUUCCAGGAUGAUCUCCUCAAGAGGGUUAAAGACGAAUGUUUGGGCGAGCUAAGCUUCACAGAGAAGGAGACUGACAUCUACAAGGUCAAUCAAACAGGCGAUUUGGCAUCGCUGAACUAUCUUGAUUCUUCACAAUUAUCUCUUCUCCCUAACCUCCUCAAACUCCGCGAUGCUCUCUAUUCGCCUGAAUUUAGGGCGUUCCUGCAAUCAGUUACUGGGUGCGGCCCUCUUUCUGGUUUCAAACAGGACAUGUCUGUCAAUUCGUAUACCAAAGGCUGUCAUCUUCUCAAUCACGACGAUGUAAUCGGCACACGGCGCGUCUCCUACAUCCUCUACAUGCCGUUGCCGAAUUAUCAGCUCUGGCAGAGGGACUGGGGAGGUGCACUUGAGCUCUAUCCUACGAAGCCUGGCCCAGAUGGUCUACCCGAGCCUGAGUGUGUUCCAUCAAAGAGUGUCGCUCCAAGUUGGAAUCAAUUUAUCUUUUUUGAAGUACAGCCUGGUCGUAGUUUUCAUUCAGUCGAAGAAGUCGUUGUUGGUAGCGGCGGCGAAGAUGGAAGGGAACGACUAAGUAUCAGUGGGUGGUUUCAUGCCGCCCAGGAGGGAGAGGAAGGUUAUGAAGCGCCUGUAGAUGAGAUAGAACUGAAAAGCUCUAGGGAGCAAUUAACUAAUACCCAAACUGCCUUCAAAUCAUACCAAUCGUCAGAAUCUCCAACUGACAGACCUCCAUUACCUGAUGUCGAGCUCUCCGAAGAAGAUAUCACCUUCCUCAGCGAGUUCAUCAACCCGGCCUACCUCCAGACACGUACCAUGCAAUCCCUAGCUUCUCGUUUCGUCGAGGAGUCAUCAUUAGAACUUCACUCCUUCUUAACCAACUCGAUUGCGGAAGCGCUCGAACCUCGUCUGAGAGAUCUCGAUGCGCAUGAUGGUUUGGGUCCUGACCGUAAUGGCAAAGUCCCACCUCACUGUUCCGGCGUAGAUGCGAAAAACCCGGAUAUCGUGAGCGCUGACGAUGCCACAUGGUCCCAUUUUGCAACAAACGGUACACCUACUACUCCGCUUCCUCUGGGAGGUACACUUUCUGUCAAUGGCAUUAUACCUCCUGUUCCAGCUGCAUCUGCUACGCCUGUGGUGCCUAAUCCUCCAAGCGCCUGGACUCUCAAAGGACCACCACAUAAAUGGCGUUAUUGCACACUCCUCCCUCCCUCUGCUUCUGCACCAGCUGUUUCAAUCACGCCCAUCUCAGCUCACCCAAACCCAUCCGAGAUCUUGCGCAAAUUACAGGAUGAGCUUUUUCCGUCGCAAGCUUUUCGUGCGUGGCUGGCGAUUGUUUCGCGAUUAUUACCUAUAAGGCAUUUCGUCGAGGCGAGAAGGUUCCGGCCCGGUCUAGACUAUACGUUGGCCACAAGCGAGGAGAAGGAGGCUAGACUGGAUGUCGUUCUUGGCUUAACGCCAGAGGUAAAGGAUGACGAAUCGGAUGAACAUGAAACACAUGCUCAAAGAGGCUGGAGAGCAGCUGAAUGGGGUGGUUGGGAGUGUUACAUGGCACCUCAUAAUGAAGAAGAUGAUCCUGCAGUCUACCGUGCUGGUACUUACAAAAAAUCAGAUGUUCUCGGGCACAACACUACGAAGGUUGCAGAUCACGAUUCCAAUGGUGCCAACGAUCACUCGGUAAAUGGAACCAACGGCCACUCAAACGGGACCAAUGGUCACUCAGUCGACGGCACUAACGGCGUCAAUGGCAAAGCCAACGGACACCCCGGGUCUAAUGGAAGUAAACACUCUAGUCCUAUUGGGAGCCCUGCCCCUGUUGCAAAUGAGGAAGGCGAGGAAGCGGCCAUGGAAGUCGACGAGGCAGAGGAAGAUAGCACGCUCUUGACUGUUCAGCCAGGUUUCAACCGCCUACUCCUUGUACUUCGCGACGAACGAGUAAUGCGAUUUGUCAAGUAUGUUUCCGCUGCUGCCGAAGGUUCACGAUGGGACGUUUGCGCCGAGUACGAGGUCGGGGUGGUGCAGGAGGAAGGUGACGACGAAUGA